GCUCUGCUACUCCAUCACAUCUCACUCACCGGCGGAGAUGAGCGGGUUUAAGGAGCCGUGUGUGCAGGAGGAGGAGGCUGAUGGAGGCAGGGCUGGGUGGGGGGACCAUGUGGGGCUUCAGGACGGACUGCUGCUGGGCCUCAUGGGGGAUUCAUACCAGCACUACCAGAGCUCCAAUCCAGACUACCAGACAGAUAAUCCAGACUACCAGACGUCUAAUCCAGACUACCAGGAUGCUGACCCAGGUUACCAAGGCUCAGAGCCGGGCUCAGAUUACCUGGACCUGGUGGAGUAUGGCACCCGACGCAGCCGGGCGGGAAGCUCCAGGCACCGCGGCGGGGAGGUGGUGACGGAGCUGGGGCCGGAGGAGGUGCGCUGGUUCUAUAAGGAGGACAAACGCACCUGGAAACCCUUCGUAGGUCACGACUCUCUGAAGAUAGAGGUGGCGUACAGGAAACUCUGCGAGCUCAAUCCGAGUAAAGCCGCAGAGCAAGAGGAGUGGGAAGAGCUGGGGGGUGAGUGUGAUGGGGCAGAGGGGCGGAAGGGGCAGACAGAGGCUUUGGUCAGCAAAGACAUGGUGGAGGAGAUCGACGUGGACUCGAUAAGCAUCAGCGUGGAGGCGGUGUGCGUCCGAGGUGGACUAUACGAGGUGGACGUGAAGGAAAAGGAGUGUUACCCGGUCUACUGGAACCAGCAGGAGCGAAUCCCGGUGAUGCGUGGUCAGUGGUUCACUGACGGAACGUGGCUGCCACUGGAGGAGGAGGACAGCGACCUGAUUGAACUGGAACACCUGGCCUGCUUCCGAGGCCACCAGAUGAAGGACACGUUUGAAACGGAAGCAGUGACCACGGCAGUGGACAGCAAGGAUGCCAUCCACAGUCUGAAGUUGAGCCGCAGUCAUGUGGACUGGCACAGUGUGGACGAGGUUUACUUAUACAGCGACGCCACCACCUCCAAAAUCGCCCGCACAGUCACUCAGAAACUUGGCUUCUCCAAAGCCUCCAGCAGUGGGACCCGCCUCCACCGAGGAUAUGUAGAGGAGGCAGCCCCUGAGGACACGCCCCCUGCAGCCACGCACAUCGUGUUUGUGGUGCACGGGAUUGGUCAGAAGAUGGAUCAGGGGCGGAUCAUCAGGAACACCAGCAUGAUGCGUGAUGCUGCGAGGAAGAUGGAGGAGAAGCAUUUCUCCGACAGAACUACAGAGCAUGUGGAGUUCCUCCCUGUUGAGUGGAGAUCUAAACUGUCCCUGGACGGAGACACCGUCGACUCCAUCACACCAGAUAAAGUGCGCGGCCUGAGGGAUAUGCUGAACAGCAGUGCCAUGGACAUCAUGUACUACACCAGCCCUCUGUACAGAGACGAGAUCACUCGAGGUCUGACCAAAGAGCUGAAUCGGCUCUACAUGCUGUUCUGCUCGCGGAACCCUGAGUUUGAGGAGAAAGGGAAAGUAUCCAUCGUGGCCCACUCUCUCGGCUGUGUCAUCACAUUCGACAUCAUGACCGGGUGGGACCCUGUCCGCUUUCAUCACCUGCAAGCCCCCGACAGCGUGGAAACAGAGCUGCGGCGCAGAGGCUGUGAAGAACAGCAGCUGCUGGAGGAGCUUUAUCACACACGCAUGAGAUUGCAGGACUUGGAGGAUCAAUUUCAAGGCCUGAAGACCUCAUCGUCAAGAGCCUCUCCCCCCUUAAAGUUCAAGGUAGAAAACUUCUUCUGCAUGGGUUCUCCUCUGGCUGUGUUCUUGGCUUUGCGAGGUGUCCGGCCGAGUACCAACGGAACACAGGAACACAUCCUGCCCCGGUCCAUCUGCCAGCGGCUCUUCAACAUCUUCCACCCCACUGACCCUGUGGCCUACAGACUGGAGCCUCUGGUCCUAAAACACUACAGUAACAUCGCACCAGUCCAGAUACACUGGUACAACACCAGCAGUCCCACUUCCUACAAUCAUGUCCGGCCCACUCUGCUGAACCCGCUGAAGGAGAGCGCCUCAGUGUCGGAUAGCGAGAGUCUCCCAAGUCCUUGCACGUCCCCCCCACAGAACCGCAGACACUACGGAGAGUCCAUCACCAGCUUGGGAAAGGCCAGCAUCAUGGGAGCGGCGAGUAUCGGUAAAGGCAUCGGUGGAAUUCUCUUUUCCCGGUUCUCCCGUUCCAGCGGGCAGGUGGGCGGAGCAGAGGAAGAGCCGUCAGACUCUGAGGGCGGGGUGGGUGAAGUGGAGGGCGGGGCCACAGUGGAGGAGGGUGGAGCUGCAGAGGCGGAGGAAAAGAUGGAGGAAAAGGAAGAGGAGAAGAGAGAAGGAGACGCCACCAGUAUGUCUCAAUCCACCUCCGCUAUCAUGGACAACUCCACCUUGGAGCUGGACAGACGGAUUGACUUUGAGCUGAGGGAGGGGCUGGUGGAGAGCCGCUAUUGGUCGGCGGUGACCUCUCACACCGCCUACUGGUGUUCGUACGACAUUGCUCUGUUUCUGCUUACCUUUAUGUACGGACCCAACAGCACCAGCGAGAGUGCAGAGGACCACCCGGAAUCGUAGCGCACGGCACACGCAGGCACGUUUACUGCUCAGCACAGGUUUGGGGACACCUCGCUUAUCUGAGCGUUGACCCUGUUGACCUGUCAGCGUUCUCCAGUGUGUCUGUUAGAACAGUUGCCGUUCUCCAAUGCCGGUUCUGUUAGCUCCCAGAACUAGCAGGCAGUGUCCUCUUCCCUAUACCGUUAUCGUUUCCAUGGCGACGUCUGUUACCUGACAGAAUUAGCAGUUAGCGUUUUCCUGUGCAUGCGCGUGUUAGCUAACAGAAUUAGCCGUUAACAUUCUCCAGUGGACGUUUCUGCUAGAAGCAGCGGUUUAGGGUUCUCCAAGCCAGGCGUCUGUUCCGGAACAAAAUUAGCAAACAACAAAAGUGCGUUUCUGUAGCUAAUGGAAUUAGCAAUUAGCACUCUUCUUAAAACAGUCUGGCAGUUUUAUAAAUUCUAUUUAAUUUAUUAAAUUAUUGCAGCCCCAAAAAUCUGGAUAGAAAACCAGUUUGGAAAGCUAGGUGUCCCCAAGCUGUGGACAGGGAGCUAAUGCACAUUCACCUGCACGGAUGCACACACACACACACACGUACACACACACGUACACACACACACACACACACGCACACACAUACACGCAUACAUACACGUACACACACGUACACGCAUACGUACACACUCACGUACACAUACAUACACGCAUAUAUACAUGUAAACACACACAUACACGUACAGAAAUAUGUACACACACACAUAAACGUACACACACAUGUACGUAUACAGACAAAUGCCAUACACUUACAGUGGCCAUGGAAGCUGCGUAGGUUAAUAGACCCAGUUCACUGUGCAGAGACACACCGUCCACUUCCCCAUCUUUGCCUUGUUCGUUGGUGAACACUCGGAAUUGCCUCCGUCUUGUUGAAUCUCUGGUCAGUUCUGACUGUUUUUCAUAAAGCACUGGAUGAAUCGCAGCCUCUCUUAGUCAUGCCUUCUUUACUGCUACUGUUUCCCUCAGCAUUAGAGUUCAGAGAGUCUGCCAAAACAGGAAUUUAGCGUUUACACAGUGGAAAUAAUGAAAUGAGCCAAUAUUUCUACAUUUUUACUGCAUUUCUAAAAAAAGCUUCUACAGCUGUAUAGCAGCGUUGCCCUCUCCAUGUUUACGUCACUCACUAAAUUAUGGCUGAAGUGUAUCCGCGGUCGGCGUUUACCUUUUGGAAUGCAAAAUUCUGAAUGAAAUUGCCAAAUAUUGAUCUUUUGAGCUUGUGUAUUAACCAAAGCCUGGAAUUUCCAAAGCACGGAAGCACAAAUCCCCUGGACUGCAGUACUCAUAACUACACAAACAGCAAAUUGCAAGGUGACUGAUAUGCUGAUACGUUAUCAUUACUGCGAUAAAUCUGAGGAUAUUGUAGAGGUGGGCAAUAUGUCAACAAUACAAUAUCAUGACACAAAAAAUGCCAGUAAUGCUACAUUUAUUAAAAAAAACACUAUCAAAAACUGUUAACACAAUUAUUUUUAUUCAAUUUGGCACUAAAUCCAAUGAAUUGGGAUUAAUUUUGGUGUCUUUGUAAUGAAACAUGCGGUUGGUCAGUGUGUACGAGUACUUUAUACACACAUUAUGCUCAGAAAAACAUAUUGUAUUGUACUGUGACAUAGACGUAUCAUGAUAAUGAUGUAUGUUGUCAUAUUGCCCUGUCAUAUAUUGUGGGUAUGGUCGGUACUUUUAGAACACGGGUUCUCUACCGAAAAUCCUCAGAUGCUCCAUAUUUCUGCUGUAUCCCUGCUCCAAACACACCUGAAGCCAUUACCAGGUGUUUAACAGGGAUUAUUAUUAAUUCAUAAUAUUAGUGAGCCUGUAAACAUCAAAAGCAGUAACUAUAGUAACUACAGUCCACUCAUGUUAUUUAUUUAUUUUUACCUCUUUUAAUUUGCGCUGAUGCCAAAUUAAUAAAAAUAAGCGUACUCAGUUUUGAGGUUUUGCCUCCGCACAUUCAGGCUAACAUUCCUGGGUCUGUUGACAUGCAGGAGCCUUUUGGAUCCGUUUUCGGAUUGAUUUACAGCAAUACAUCAUAUCAGUUUAUAUAACGUCGUACUGCAUUUGUUCAGAUGAUCCAACACGGAGAUGCUUUUGGGAAUCUUAGGCACCUAAAUUAAUUUUAUGACUCAAACAUGAAAAAUAAAUAUUACGAAGGUUUAAUUGUGUAGAUCAGAGAAAUGGACUGAGCACUAUUGUAAUAGAAGUGGACCCAUUGGAAAUUUCGGAGUUUAGAAUUUGUAUGUUGAGUUAUGGAACGCAUUCUGCCCUGACAAUAUUAAAAUAAACAUAGAAAAUUGUUAUUUAU